AUGGCAGAGCGGCGAGGCAGAAUCGUAUUCUCUGCCAACUAUAGGCCCCCGCUACCAUUCGACAUCUUCUCCUGCCCUUUCUUGCCUUUGUCCAUCAAAGAUGAGCUCCAUCUCACUGAUGGCAUGUCCUACAACUACAACGGCUGCCCAAUCCCUCCCGCUGCACUGAAGACCCUUCUGAAGAUCCCCAAGCUGACUGAAGAAAGCAGCGCCACUGAUGCAGACGUCGACGCUGGCCAUGUCUCUGGCCUUCUCUUUGUCUCGGAGAGGGACCAAGGGCUUGAGACACUAUGCGUCAACUUGUGGUUCAGUGCUGAUGGCAAGGUCAAGGUCUUCACCCUUGCCGACAUUUUUGGCUCAGCGGACUUCAGCGGCACGCGCCUGGAGGACAGUGGCUGCAUUGGCGGUGGCUACAGUGUAGGUUAUCGUAACGUCGACUACUCUCUCAUCUACGUCUCCACCAAGGAGGCGGUGCAGGAAUGCCGUAGCCCCUGGACUGUCGUGUACAGAACCAACCUCACAACAGGCAAGACGGAUCGCCUCACUCCACAAGGGGUGUUUGAUUUGAGCCCGGCGGUGUCGCCGUCAGGGAAGACUGUCGCAGUAGCAUCAUUUCAAGGGAGUUGUUGGAAUGGCGAGAUCGAGAACCUGAAGACAGAUAUCUACGUGAUGAACGUGGAUAGUGAGGAGUGUCAGGGCCUGGGUCGCAAGCUACCCAUUAAGAAUGGUGGUUGGCCAUCCUGGGGCAGCGACAACGUCAUCUUCUUCCAUCGAGGCACCGACAAAACCCUUCCCUCGAGCAUGGUUGAAACAGCUUGGGGCGUGUUCCGGUACAACAUCAGCACCAAGGUAACCAUCCAGGUUACUCCCGAAGAGUUGGACGCGGUGACUCCAGCGGCUAUCAGUGAGACCAAGGUGGCGGUGGCGACCAUCCGCCAGAAGUCCAAGUACAGCGACGUCCGUGUAAAGGCGCAGUACCGGCACAUUGAGAUCUUCAACACAAAUGCCCCGUGGCUGCCACCUGUACAGAUCACCCAGAAGACAAGGCCAGAAAGUGACCACUACAACCCCUUUGUGCUGGACGGCGGGCAGCGCAUUGGAUAUCACCGCUGCAGGAGCGACCUCCUGCAGCACGGAGACGUCGUCCCUCAGAACGUGCACAAGGUGGAGUCGCCGGUGAAGGAAGUCGGGUUGUAUCGGGUGUCUGGCAUGUUUCCGACCAUCUCCAAGGAUGGCUCCAAGCUUGCAUUUGUCGACAAUGAGUUCAAAGCGGUGUGGAUCGCUGAUACCCAAGGGCUGCGUGUCGUGUACGAGAAAAGAGGGCCGGACAGCGUCUUCUGCCCUGUUUGGAACCAGAACCCAGACAAGGACAUCCUCUACAUCUGUGUUGGCCCCUCAUUCAACGCCCAGAAGCCACUGGAGAUCUACUCCAUCCGCAAUGCCUCCAGCAACGCACGACAGAAUGUCAAAAGGCUCACCCAUGGCGGGUUCAACAACGCAUUUCCGUCGAGCAGCCCGGACGGGAACAAAUUCGUGUUCCGGUCGACGAGGGAUGGAGGUGAGAAGAGGCACAAGAACCUGUACAUAAUGCUGGACACGGAUAUGGGUGAAUACGGUGAAGGCUGGGAGACGAGGCUGACGAAAGGGUCAUGGACAGACACCCAUUGCCAGUGGUCCCCGAACGGUGACUGGAUCGUCUUCUCAUCAACGCGCGGCAAACCGCCGCUGGGCUCUGGCAAUCUGAAUAACGGCACAGGGUACUACUCCCUGUACCUGGUGAAGGCAACUGACCCAAUGGUGCUGAUCAGGGUGGCGAGCAAUGGGGGCGACAUCGGUCACAUAAGCCACCCAGUUUUCAGCCCGGACGGGAGGAGCAUCGCCGUGACGGCAGACCUAGCGGCGGUGUCUGUGGACCCGAUCUCGCUGCCAAAGUUCAUGCAUGCAGUGCGGCCCUAUGGUGACAUCUUCUUGGUGGACAUCGACAACCCAGACAACAAGAAAAAGAAUGAAGACAUGAUCAAGGGGUUCCACCGGGUCACGCACAGCAGGUACGAGUGCGGGACGCCGGCGUGGACGACGACCUUGACCGGUGCGACGGAGCCAAAUGUGCAGUGGAACAUGUUGCUGGACAUGGAUCAGUUGUACAAACCGGUGUGUCCGUACGUCCACCCCGACGGGGGCGAGAGCUGGCACAUGACCGGCCACCUCUGCAUCCCCAAGAGAGCCUGCUGA